AUGGCAGCUCGAGAACCUGGUCUGCAACCCGGUGACGCGAAGACAACGCACCCGCAAACUGACGAUCACCCAGCCCCUGGUCCAAGCGGCAGUGGAACAGAGACAGUCGACACCGAAGAAAACUGGCAUGCUGGCCUUUGCCGUACUCAACGUGUCUACGGUCGCCUGCUGGAUCUAUACAUCAUGUCUGAUCACUACGAAGCGCAGCUCUUCCGAAGAGAAAUCAUGCUACAAUGGCAACGUUUCACCUUUCGGGCACCGAGGUUCCCAGGUCUGGUAGUCGUACAACGCGCAAUCGAGAAUCUGAGCAUCGAGUCGUCCCACUGUCGAUACAUGACAGCUUGCUUCAGCCGCAUGAUGAUCAAGAAUUCCUCUCAGAACACUCUUGCCAAACUUCCGCCACUCUUUGCUGCUGCGAUUCUGAACCGAAUGCUGCUGAAUCUGAGGAGGCCCAUGGCUCGCCAUGCAAGCUACGAGACAUACUGGUGUAAAUAUCACGACCACGUUGACACGCUGGACCGAAAAUCGUGCCAGAAUGCUAGGGCAGCAUGUGAGGAUCCUGACACGGACGACAUCUUGUGAGUCUUGCUGGAUGGAAGAGGUUGAGGGUGUUGGCAACGAUAAAAGGGACGCAGCAAUUUCUUGGAGCAUGGAAGAAGAUAUUGGGCGACGGGCAAAGGAUGCUCUACUCUGGACAUUGACGCUGGUGAUUUGGUUUUUUUGAGACUCCAACGAGC